AUGCGCCUGGAUUAUUGGAGCUCCAUCACUACCCGAAGGGCCUGCCGCAGCCCAUGGUGCUUCCGUUGCUGGCCAUCGCGACCCAGGUGGUUGAAGAUAGCGAGCAGCAGCAUCGGCCUUCCCUCGUUUCACAGGUACACCCCAUUCGCAGCUGAGAUGCAAGGAAAAGCAGCGUCUGCAGACGGGACGCUCCUCUCCACAUCUAACUUUACGACGUCUGCAUCCAAAACCGGGCUGGAGAUUCCCGCGGAGAACUAUCAGGACUUGGGGCUCACAAUAUCGUUCUUUGAGCGAGGGGCAUUGCGGCCCGACAUGAAUUCAGUCGCCCACUCGUCAGACGAACAGGCUAGCCCCGAGACACCAGUCUCUGGGAUCGAGAAACGACAAAAUCGAAGCUUUGAGGGGCGACAAAGAAACGGAAUUCGAGCCGCGGGAAAGUUGGGGAUUCAAAAGUUGAGGCCGAUGGGCGGCUUAGUCAUCCAAUUCCCCGCGGGGUUUAUCCGUGACUUUGUCCUUCACUGGUCAGCUCCGAUAUCAGAACAAGAUGUGGAGCGACUAGAUCUCCGUGACGCGAGUGUCUUCAGCUCGUUUUGCCCGCGGCACUACUAUGGAGGUCCUGUGAGCUUUGAUGUUGAUGACUGCAACGAAGUAUUGGUGUUUCGCGAUGAGAACCAGGGAGCUGCUGCUUGCUGGGGGAUUCUACUCUCCGACAUUGCCAAUGGAGACUCCGAUCCGCCAGUCUACGUGAAGCAAGAUAUGGCAGAUAAGAAGACUGAAAACUGGGAGCGCUGGGCUGAGCGGUUCUCUCUCGCCUGUGUGUAUCAUGCUGUGGGACGCAGUGCAUGA